AUGCCACUCGCAAGCAACAGCCAUUUUCUGUUUCUUCUCGUAGAGGCUCUUCCUUCCUUCAUCCCUCUUUCACAUCUCGCCAAGCUGAUCGUCGUUGCUACCAAUGGCCUAGAGGUGUCUUGUCAUCAUACUCUUCCCGCACCCAAUCAUCCAUAUCCAUUCAGUAUGCAAGACAGCGAAGGUCUUCAGGUGAACCACGAUGCAGGGGGCGGUACAAAGGCACCAGAGGUGAUUGCCGCGUACAAUCAGUCGUCGCCAGCACCCUACUACGUGCCGAUCGAUCAACAACAUCAACAUCAACCAAAGCCCCGCGGUCCCUUUGGCCUUAGCCUUUGGCUUUUUACCGUUAUUAUCGUUGCUAUCACUGCCGCCAUUGUUGGAGGAGGUCUCGGACUCGAAAUGCGCAUGGGAGGCUCCCAACCCCCCUCAGCCACUACCAGCGCCGCAUUCUUCACACCGACCCCAGCCUCUCAGAUUAGAAACCUCACCUGGUUCUGCGAAGAAGCAGAGCAGACUAAAACGAUUCAACUUACUAGCGGCUUCGAGUUCAAAGUAUACUGCGGCACUGAUGGUGGAGGCGCAACCAGUGCAGAGGGCGGUGGAGCACUGAAGGACUUGGUGGGAAUCAUCGCCUACUCGCUGGAGGAUUGCUUGCAGGCCUGCACACAGAUGAACGCCAUGAAUGACAACCAAGACACGGGUGUGACAUGCAAGAGUGUUUCGUUCCGUGCCAAUAUCGCACAGUCGUAUAAGCAAUAUGGGGGCAACUGCUGGCUGAAGGAUGCAAAGAAGAGAAGGCCGUUUAAUUACAACGCCGUGUGGAAUGACGUACCUUUUGUGGCAUAUGGAGAAAUGCUUUAA